CAAGAGAGUUCUGCUAUGGAUGAUAUAUUGACUGUCAACAACGAAAAUCCAGAUUUUGAAUUACUGUAUGGAGACGAAAGAUUAACACAGCAACAAAUGCUGGACAUGAUGGAGAAUGACAUUGGACACAAAAGAAAAAGAAGAGCCUUAACGAAACGAAGUAGAGGUUUAAGAUGGCCGAACAACGAAUUCCAUUACACAUUAUCCAACGAUUUCUCGUUUGCACAGAAAACAACCAUCCGAAAUGCGAUUAAUAUUAUUGCCUCCAGAACUUGCAUACGUUUUAUGGAACAUUCCAUCGGAAGUGCACCAACUGCUCAUGUUGCGAUGUUUCCUGGUUCUGGAUGUUGGUCUUUCAUUGGACGUACUGGUAGAAAGCAAGAUCUUUCACUUCAAAGCAACGGAUGCGUUUUCUCAGGAAUUAUUAUACACGAAGUAAUUCACGCACUUGGAGUUUAUCAUGAACAAUCAAGAGCUGAUCGAGAUCAAUUUGUUACCAUUAACCUUCAAAAUGUACAACCUGGCUUAGAACAUAACUUUAACAGACAUGACACGGACAGUUUGGGUGUGCCGUACGACCCUAAAUCAGUGAUGCACUACGGCAAUCGUGCCUUCUCCAACGGUAACGGUCCAACGAUUGUUUGGAAACAAGAUCCUUCUUUAAUACUUGGUGGACAAGUUUUGACAGAGAAAGAUGUUCUACAAUUAAAUUUAUUUUAUGAAUGCUCAAAUCCUGUUUCUACCACCACUACAACCACUACAACCACGACCACUGCACCAACAACCAGAACCACUCGACCAACCACUGUAACCACUCAACCAACCACCACAACUACCACAACCACUCGACCAACCACCACAACCACUCGACCAACCACCACAACUACCACAACCACUCGACCAACCACCACAACCACUCGAUCAACCACCACAACCACUCGACCAACCACCACAACCACUCGACCAACCACCACAACUACCACAAUCACUCGACCAACCACUACAACGACACGACCAACCACUACUACAACUUCGACUACAACAUCUACCACAACCACCAGACCUACUACAAAAACUACAACGCUGACCACUAAGCCCUUAACUACUACAACUACUACCACGACUCGAUCAACAAGCCCUCCGACUGGAGGUAAGAAUCCUUGUGUUGUGUAUUGCUUUAUAGUCUAAAUGCGCCUGUUAAAAUUACUUAUAAUAACU